UUCUAUUUUCCAAUUUAGUUGAUUUGCAAAGAUUUGUUGUAAUUACCCUAUGUAGAGCAAGCUGUAUGUAUUGUAUAUAAAUUAGCCUUUGAGCAUCAAUACAAUAACAACGAAUUCUGCCUCAUCCUAUUUCAUUAUGGCAUCAGAGCGUGGUCUUGAGGAUCAGGCGAUGAAAAAGGAUGAUGGCAAUAAGACAAAUGAAAAAUUCAACAAAGAUGGAAGUGGGUCUCAUUUGAAGAAACAGACAUCUCCCUAUGAUCUGUAUUCAAAUGAUAACCCAGGAAAUAUCAUUACCCAAGUACAAUUGAAGGGUGAAAAUUAUGAUGAAUGGGCUCGUGCAGUCCGAGGCUCGUUGAGGGCACGACGAAAGUUUGGAUUCGUAGAUGGAUCGAUUUAAAAACCUGAUGAAACUGCUCUUGAAAUCGAUGAUUGGUGGACUGUUAAUUCCAUGAUUGUUUCAUGGAUUUUCAAUACGAUUGAACCGAAACUUCGAUCGACCAUCACAUACAGAGAAAACGCAAAAGAAUUGUGGGAUGAUAUUAAACAGAGGUUUGAUAUCUCAAAUGGACCUCGCAUCCAACAACUGAAAUCUGAAUUGGCAAAUUGCAAACAGAAUGGAGACCCGAUUGUGACAUAUUUUGGACGGAUUAAGAAGCUGUGGGAUGAAUUGAACGACUAUGACCAGAUACCCGUGUGCACAUGCAAUGGGUGUAAGUGCGGCAUAUCUGCGGCGCUAAAUAAGAAGAGAGAAGAGGAGAAGCUUCACCAAUUUUUGAUGGGCCUUGAUGAGUCUCAAUUCAGGACUGUGCGGUCUAAUGUCUUGAGUCUAGACCCGCUGCCGAAUUUGAACAGAGCAUACCAGAUGGUGGUGCAAGAGGAAAGAGUCGGAGUAAUGACGCGAGGCAAGGAAGAACGUGGAGAUCCAAUUGCUUUUGCUGUCAAGAGUGGCAGAACAUCGAGUUGGGAAAAGAAACCUCACACGGGGUCAGAGAAACCAUGCUCACAUUGCAAACGUGAGGGGCAUGAUAUCGACUCAUGUUUUGAGAUAGUGGGUUACCCAGAAUGGUGGGGAGAUAGACCACAAUCUGACGGUCGUGUGAAUGGACGCGGAAAGCAUGUGCAUCGAUCAUUGAGUGGUGCGGGAAAAGGAAGAGGGAAUAAUGCAAAAGUUAAUAUGGCUCAAGUUGUUGAUGACACUGAAGCAAUGGCAAAUGAAGAUGAUCAGGUGCUGCCGGGAUUGAGUUCAAAGCAGUGGAAUGCUAUUCUCAAAGCGGUUAACGCACAAAAAGGUGGGACAAGUACAAGAUUGACAGGACCGCAUUUCGAGGAUGAUGAUUGGAGCGGGUGAAGAAUCAGAGGGGCUUUAUGUGCUUAGUGUGGCGACACCAGUCCGUGCAUACCGAGCAAAUGUCAUUGGAUUUUGUGAGUUGUGGCAUAGAAGAAUGGGGCACCCAUCAUCUAAGAUAACUAGUAUGUUACCUGAUGUAAUUCAAAAGAAUAUUGAUACUAGAAUAAAGACGUGUGAUGUUUGUUUUAGAGCCAAACAAAUAAAAGAAUCAUUUUUGUUGA